UAAGGACUUUAUAUUAGAAACAAUAAUGAAAUAAUAUCUCUCAUAUACUAGCAUUUUAAAACUUCACCACAAAAAUAAGUACAAUACAUAUAAAUGAUACUUAUUACAACUUAUCAAACAUUCUACGACAAAAGAGAUCAUUCUAGAAUGAAAUUAAAUUCUUGCAAAUUUAUGAGAUUACAACCUAAGUUCAUGGUAGCACCACCUAUUAAAUUAAGGCAUAAAAAAUCACAUUUUAUCUCUUUUUAUGGUAUGGGUGUCUUCUUCUAAAUGAGGAAAUUGAUUUUUGAGGUUGAUAUUGCUUUGUCUGAUACUGUGCAAUAACCGGGGCCUCAUUUGCAGCUAACUUGUUGACUACAAAGUCAUCACCUGCUUUCAUGUUCUCCAUCAUCUUGAGUUUAGCCUCAAUAGAUUGGAUAGCUGUCUUUUUGCUUAAUUUGAGCUCCGGUUUAGCACCAGCAAGAACAGCUAUGCCAAGUUCCGGCUUUGGUUUCUCUUGUUCAUCAGUGUUCUUAGCAAACUUGACGCUUAUCCUCUUUGUUCCAAGCAUUUGGCCAUUGAGUGAGUUCAUGGCUUUGAUAGCAUCUUGUCUCAACUUGAAUGUAACAAACGCAAACCCCCGUGGCUGUCCCGCAUUGGGACCACUCCGAUGGAACAGCAUGUCAAACUUCUCGAUGUUUCCAUACGCACGGACCAGUUUCAGUAGUUGAUACUCAUUAACUCUGGUGUCAAGAUUUCCGAUCCAAAUUCUCUUGUCGGACACCUCGCCGUGCUGAAAGGGUUCGAGAUGCAAAGGUAGCGUAGCGUCCUCCAUGGUAUUUGUGUAGUGUUCUCGAAAAAUUCAGGAUCAACACUGCAGACUAAAACUGUCUCUUGAAAUAAAGAAGGACUAACACUAUAACUUGUUCAUUAUUUGUGUCGAUAUAAACAUUUUGCGGUAUGUAAUAGGACUUUUUCCACAACACAAAAAUAUGUGUACAAUACUGUAUCAAUCAAUCAAACUGACAGAUCUAAG